AUGCCUUUCCGUUUGAAGCUCAAGAAAUCUCGCCAUUACAAUGUCAUGUCCAAGAGUCUGUUCGUCAUAUCCGUUGAUCAUCUGGAUUCUUCCACCAAAAUCGACUGUACGCUAAGCUCGGAAAGCACUGGUCAGGAAUGUUUGGAGAAUGUGUGCCAAAGAAUAUCGAUCCAGCAACCGGAAUUCUUCGGACUCCGGUAUGUGGUCAAAGGCACGACCGACGAAAUGCGAUGGGUCGACCUGGAGCGUCCGCUCAGCCGCCAGCUGGAAAAACAUUCGGCCAAUUCAAAGAUACUGCACCUGCGCGUAAUGUACUACGUCCUGUCGGGUGUCAGCUUGAUACAGGACGAGGGUACGCGGAACUAUUACUUCUUGCAGCUAAAGCACGACGUUGUGGAGGGUCGCAUAAGCUGUGAUCCACGGCAGGCGGUCAUACUGGCAAACUAUAGCCGUCAGGCCGAAUAUGGCAAUCAUCAGGAUCGGCAUACGGUGGAAUACCUGAAGACGUUGCUAUCCUUUCCGCACGAAAUGGUACACGCCAAUCUGCUGGAAGCUUUAACUGAACAGGUAAUCCAGCAAGCGCAUGAACUACACAACGUGACGCAGGGUGACGCAGAAAGUCUUUACAUAUCCGCCUGUCAGCAGCUGGACGGAUAUGGGCAGGAAACGUUCACGGCGAAGAAUGAAACCGGGCUGGAAAUAAUGCUGGGAAUCUCAGUGUCGGGCAUCAUUGUGGCAAGCGACACAAACAAGUUCUACCCGUGGCGCGAUAUUAAGAACGUGGUGAACCACAAACGUGCGUUCAACAUUGAGUGCACGGUGCCAAAGGAAAGUGCCGGAUUUACGGUGGCAGACGUGGCAACUGGUCGGUAUAUCUGGAAGCUGUGCGCAUUGCAGCAUCGAUUCUUCGUGACGUACGAGCAGAACCAGACGCAGGCGAGUCAAAUGAAUUUGAACCUGUUCCAAAACAUGGGUGACAAUUUGAACGACAGUCGGGAUGACCUUUUAAGUGAACAGCAGUACAUGCACGCGCAGCAGCAGCAGCAUCAACCUAGUCCAUCGCCGGGAGGAUCUCAGCCUCUUUACCAAGAUUCGAUGGGGACGACGAAUUGGCCAAGCACACACGAACUAGCAUCGCAUUCGUCCAGCAUGUGGAACAAUGCUGCCCAUCAGCAGCAUGUGUUAGUAGAUACGCAGCCCGGCGGAGGAGGUGGUCACUUAUCCUCUAGCAAUAUUGCGAUUGCGACCGGUGUUAGCGGAAGCAUCAAUAAUCUCAACAACCUCAAUCCGGCCAACAUGAUGCAAUCGUCGCGUUCCUCCGGGCUCGAUAUUAACCUGAACUCGACCUCUACAAACGCGGUGCCAUUGGAGUAUUCGAAUCAGAUGGGUUCCAGCUGGGGUUUGAAUCCUGUCGGGUCGAAUGCAUCGCUCAUAAACCGUGCACAAAGUUCGUCUUGUUUGGAUUUAAGCAACAACAAUCUAACACCCGAUCGGGACCGUUUAAAGGCGCUCCUACCGACUUACCGUCCGGCGCCAGACUACGAGACAGCUAUCCAGCAGAAGUACCGAUCAAGCAGUAACGAUGUGCGGUUGGUGAACGGGAAUUUGCUGCAUCUGUCCGCUUCCCAGAUGCUUGCUGCACAAGAACAACAGCAUCAGCAACAGGUAGCACCAGCAGGACAUCAUCUCGAGUACGGUAUUACCGGUAGUCAACCAGAUGUGUCCUACUAUGGACAGCAUUUACAGCAGCAGCAACAACAAUCAGCCGCUCAACAAGUUCACCAGCAACCGUAUCCGGAUGUAACGCAUCAUACAACGACUCACAUAAUAGGACCACACUAUUCGGAUGCAUCCGAUUAUGGAUUAACGCAUCGGUUUAAAAUGAUGCGCCUGGUAAAGCCACCUCCACCGUAUCCCGCCAAUCGACUUAGUUCUACGUCAACGCCCGAUUUGGCGUCGCACCGUGCCCUGCUCGGUCUGCGCAGCGCCCAAGUAUCUGGUUCUAGUCCUGAUCUGGUGUCGACUCGUCCGCUGAUGAACCACCAUCACCAUCCGGCACACCUUCCCCAUCAUCAGCUUCAAAUAGCUCAUCUAUCUCAAAGCGGUGGUCAAGUCUGCUAUCCCGGAUUGGCAACGGCUGGCAAUCCUCAUGGGCAGUUACACCACUCCCAGACAAUGUUGCCCCACGGAACGUACGAAAAUUUAAACUUCAUGGAGAAUCUAACUUCGACAAAAGCGGGCCUAAUAUCGGCCGCCAAUCAAGCAGCAGCUGCCGGUAACGUGUACUAUUACGUGCCAGGGGGAAUGGAGCACAUUUUACUAACUAGCGGAAACACACCCGGUGGUGAUAGCGGUAGUCCGUCCUACCACACUACUGCCAACGGUCAUAUUGGACUGGCCCCAAAAACGCACCUCAAUCGAUCAUCGCAACAUAUCAACGGAUCGAUUGAACCGAUUUACGAAAACGUUCCACUACCCUGGAAGGAUGACAACGACACGCUCGGGGAAAUACGGAAUCGAACAGCAAGUGUCCAAUCAGCGCCGGGAGUGCAGCAUCAACCGACGAUGCGGCCAAUGCCCCCUACUCCACCGCAACCACAAACGCCCACUAGCACUAGUGCUCCGGGCAGUGCUCUAGAUGGUGCCAUGUUUAACAUUCAGUCCCAGGCCCAGCAGCCGCAGCAACAGUUACAGCACAAACCAUCCAAACAGCAGCAAAUACAAGAACAACAAAUAGGACGUCAGCAACUGUUGCAUCAGCGAGCAUCCGAAGUAGGAGGAUCGAGCACAAUAAUGGGUCCACCAGCCCCAUCAGCAGUCGAUGUGCCAAAACAGCAAACCACCAACAGUCAUUCCGGAAGUAUAGAUGCCCAGCUAAACAGUUCUACCGUCACGACAGCAACAACGGCAUCGAGUGGAACAACCUCCGCUAUGAAGGAACCACCGGCAUCGGCUAUAAAUCGUUCACACUCGUCGAAUAACGUUCUCGAUGCUUCCCAAUUCUCCAACUACACGCUUAACGAAACGGUCCAAAGUGGUAGCGUUCGCAAUGGGCACAAUGAUUCCGGCAUCAGUUCGAUUACGGGAUCGACCAAUCUCGGCGGUAGCGGUGGCAGUACAACUAGUCGUAACACUACCCACAACAACCACACCACCAACAACAACAGUAGCACGGCCACCAAUAACACGUCCGCCACGUCCUCAUCCGUCAAAGAAACGAAGCGGAAGCGAAUCUGGGAAAUUCUCGGCGGACGUUCGAAAAAUUCCGCCGACAAGCAAAAAAGUGCAACUCUCGGACGGGAGAAGGAUCGCAAAAAGAAAGGCUCGGUCGAGCCGAAUGUGGAUGGCAGUGGAAGUGGUGGCAGUGCAAACUCAUCUAUGAACGAGGGAGCAAACGGUGGUCAGUUGCGGCAUCGUUGGUCCACGGGAUUACCAAGGUUACAGCCAUUGCCGGCAAAUAUCAGCAAAGAGAAAUUGUGCUCGCUACUGGAAUCGAAACUGGCCGAUCCUCAGCUGUACUGUGAGUUUGAGCGCAUCCCCAAGCGUAGUGAAAGCGCCGUCUAUAGCUGUGCCUUGGCGGAGGAUAAUAAAAAUAAGAACUUCGAUACAUCCUUCCUACCGUACGAUAACAAUCGCGUGAGGUUAACACCGACGAGGGAUAAUCGUAUGGGUUACGUGAAUGCUUCUCACAUAACAAGCACGGUUGGCAACAAGCAAAGAUUCUACAUUGUCGCCGAAAGCCCGAACGACACACUGACGACACACAUUUUCUGGCAAUGCGUAUGGGAAGCGGACGUCUAUUUGCUGGUACAACUAUCCAAAGAGCUUAACUACAUCCCACAGACAAGUGAACGUUGUUUAGAGUACGGGCAGUAUCAAGUAUGGCGUGAGUUUUCUCAAGAGACUGAUCGCUGCACAACGAGCAAAUUGCGUGUUUAUCACACACAGAGCCGUCGUUAUCGUUCCGUUUGGCACAUAUCGUACACCGAGUGGGCUGAUCAGAACUGCCCAGGUGAUGUUGGACAUUUUUUGGGAUUUUUGGAGGAAUUAAAUUCCGUACGUCUGGCUUCGAUUGCGGAGGUUCCACCAUCGCACAAUACCAAUCCUCCGGUGCUGAUACACUGCAAUGAAGGGGGCGGUCGUACGGGAGUUACAUUAGUAGCGGACCUAUUGCUUUAUACACUGGAUCAUAAUCAGGACAUUGACAUACCGCGUUUGAUAGGCCAAAUACGACAGCAGCGGGACAGUAUCAUACCAUCAUUAGCGCAGUACAAAUUCAUCCAUUCACUGCUGAUACACUACUUAAAGCAAAACCGACUGAUCUAA